AUUCCCAUCAGUACCGAUGCAGACGGGAGCUACGUCUCCAAUAUCCUCUCUGCAAGUCACCAAAGAAGAUCCACACGGGAGGUAUCCCAAAGCCCCAGACAGCUCUAUUUUAAUGUCACUGCCUUCGGAAGGGAAUUCCAUCUCCGGCUGAAACCCAACACUCGCUUGGUGGCCCCCGAGGCUGUCGUGGAGUGGUACGCAGACUCUGUGGAAACUGGAGACGAUGCUGGUAACACGAGCUGGACUAGAACCUCUACAGAGAGAUUAUGGAAAAGAGAGCCCCUGUGGACCAACUGUGCCUACGUGGGAGACAUAACGGACAUCCCUGGAGCUUCUGUUGCCAUUAGCAAUUGUGAUGGUCUGGCUGGUAUGAUAAGAACUGAUAAGGAUGAAUACUUCAUUGAGCCUUUGGAAAGAGGAAAGCAGAUGGAAGAAGAAAAGGGAAGAAUCCACAUGGUGUACAGGAGAUCAGCUGUAGUACAGCAUCCCACAGAUCUUCUCCCUGAUAUCCAUACAGAAGGGUCUCUUCUUGAUGGCCUGGGAGGGCUGAGCUCCCUGCGCAGCCAUGUGGAGCAGCAGCUGAACGACACCCUGAGGCGCCGCAGGCACGCGGGGGACGACGACUACAACAUCGAGGUGCUGCUGGGUGUGGAUGACUCUGUCGUGAGAUUCCACGGCAAAGAACACGUGCAAAACUACCUCCUCACCCUCAUGAACAUCGUGAAUGAAAUUUACCACGACGAAUCCCUGGGUGUUCACAUCAACGUGGUGCUGGUCCGGAUGAUCAUGUUGGGGUAUGCAAAGUCCAUCAGCUUGAUUGAAAGGGGGAAUCCCUCGAGAAGCCUGGAGAAUGUUUGCCGCUGGGCGUACCAGCAGCAGAAGUCAGACCCCAGUCACUCUGAGCACCACGACCAUGCCAUCUUCUUAACCAGGCAAGAUUUUGGGCCUGCUGGUAUGCAAGGAUAUGCUCCUGUCACUGGCAUGUGUCACCCAGUCAGAAGCUGUACUCUCAACCAUGAGGAUGGGUUUUCAUCAGCUUUUGUUGUUGCUCACGAAACCGGUCACGUGCUGGGGAUGGAGCAUGACGGGCAAGGGAACAGAUGUGGGGAUGAGACAGCGAUGGGGAGCGUGAUGGCCCCCUUGGUCCAGGCUGCCUUUCACCGCUACCACUGGUCCAGAUGCAGUGGCCAGGAGCUCAAGAGAUACAUACACUCUUAUGACUGUCUUCUUGACGACCCUUUCGAGCAUGAUUGGCCCAAGCUUCCUGACCUGCCAGGCAUCAAUUACUCCAUGGACGAGCAGUGCCGCUUUGAUUUUGGCGUCGGCUACAAAAUGUGCACGGCGUUCCGAACCUUUGACCCGUGCAAGCAGUUGUGGUGCAGCCACCCAGAUAACCCCUAUUUCUGCAAGACUAAGAAAGGACCUCCACUCGACGGGACAGAAUGUGCCCCUGGGAAAUGGUGCUACAAAGGUCACUGCAUGUGGAAGAACUCCAACCAGCUGAAGCAGGAUGGCAACUGGGGACCCUGGACAAAGUUUGGCUCCUGUUCACGGACCUGUGGGACGGGAGUUCGCUUUCGAACACGCCAGUGCAACAACCCCAUGCCCGUUAAUGGAGGUGAAGAUUGUGCCGGUGUCAAUUUUGAGUUUCAGCUCUGCAACACAGAGGAGUGUCCAAAGCACUUUGAGGACUUCAGGGCGCAGCAGUGUCAGCAACGCAAUUCCCACUUCGAGUACCAGAGCAGCAAGCACCACUGGCUGCCCUAUGAGCACCCUGACUCUAACAAGAGAUGUCACCUUUACUGCCAAUCCAAAGAAACUGGAGAUGUGGCUUACAUGAAGCAACUGGCACACGAUGGGACUCGCUGCUCCUAUAAAGAUCCCUACAGCAUUUGUGUCCGCGGAGAGUGCGUGAAAGUGGGCUGUGACAAGGAAAUUGGCUCCAACAAGGUGGAAGAUAAAUGUGGUGUCUGUGGGGGGGACAACUCCCAUUGCCGAACCGUGAAGGGAACCUUUACCCGCACUCCUAAGAAGCUCGGGUACCUUAAGAUGUUUGACAUCCCUCCUGGUGCUCGACAUGUGUUUGUCCAAGAAGACGAGGCUUCUCCUCACUUUCUUGCAAUUAAGAACCAGGCAACGGGACACUAUAUCCUGAAUGGGAAGGGGGAGGAGGCCAGAUCCCGCUCCUUCAUCGACCUGGGCGUGGAGUGGGAGUACAACAUUGAAGAUGACAUUGAGACCCUGCACACAGAUGGGCCCCUGCACGACGCUGUGGUGGUGCUGAUCAUUCCUCGGGAAAACGACACAAGAUCCAGCCUGACCUACAAGUACAUCAUCCAUGAGGAUUCAGUGCCCACCAUCAACAGCAACAACGUCCUGCAGGAAGAAAUAGACACUUUUGAGUGGGCAUUGAAGAGUUGGUCACAGUGCUCCAAACCCUGUGGUGGAGGGUUCCAGUACACCAAGUACGGAUGCCGCAGGAAAAGCGAUCACAAAAUGGUUCAUCGCAGCUUCUGUGAAGCCAGCAAAAAGCCAAAGCCCAUCCGUAGGAUGUGCAAUCUCCAGGAAUGCACCCAGCCUCUCUGGGCAGCAGAUGAGUGGGAAUACUGCACAAAGACCUGUGGGAAUUCCGGCUACCAGCUCCGCACGGUGCGCUGCCUGCAGCCCCUCCCCGAGGGCACCAACCGCUCGGUCCAUGCCAAGUACUGCAGCGGGGACCGCCCCGAGAGCCGCCGGCCCUGCAACCGGAUCCCCUGCCCUGCCCACUGGAAGGUGGGGCCCUGGGCUGAGUGCUCGGUGACCUGCGGGGAGGGGACGGAGACCCGGCAGAUCACCUGCCGCACUGGGGACCGCUGCACCGGGGACAAGCCCGAAGCUGUCAGGCCUUGCAAACUGGCUCCCUGCCACGAUGAGCCCUGCCUGGGAGACAAGUCCAUCUUCUGCCAAAUGGAGGUGCUAGCACGUUACUGUUCCAUCCCUGGCUACAAGAAGCUGUGCUGCGAGUCCUGCAGCAAGCGCAGCAUUGCCCUCCCACCGCCCUUCCUCACCGAAGCUGCUGAGAGGGAGGAGGAAGCCGUGUUUGACCAGAGCCAUCUGCCCAGGGCCUUGAUGAUCCCAACCCCUGCAGUGCCCCAUCAUGCACAGCUCCUGCCCGGGACAGGUUCUCUGGGCAGGCUUCCUUUUGCAGAAGAGGACACAGAUACGCACGUCUCUCCGUCCAACUCCAAGCCCAGAGGUACCGAGUUUCCACAAUGGAGAGCUCCUCAGGCAAGGAAGACUUCCAGGCUGUUUGCUUUGCUGCACCAGUCCCCUGCUAACAGCAGCAGCCUCAAUCCACAUCCUGCCCUUGCCUUGGCAGCAGCUGGUCCUGUGGUGCCAGCUCGUAACACCACCAUGGGUGCCCCUUCUCCAUCGAGAACCUCCAGGAAGAGCGAGAAGCAAGUUGAGAAGAGAUGGCCUUUAAGGUCCUCUGCUGUGGAGAGAUGA